AGGAGGGUGCAUUGAUCUAAUAUAGGAGCAAACUAUAAGCUCGCCUUCAAGAUUGAAAUAAUAAAAACAGAAAAAGACAACGAACAAAAAGUGCGGGAUUACCAAUCUCUUAAAUUGUAUCAAUGACGUGGAUGUUCUAUCACCGUUCCACAGAUCAAAGAAACAUCAAGAUUCGUGCAUCCGUGCCCCGAGCUGCUUGGCUAGCGUUGCUCUUGAGACUAGAUAGUCUGGGAGGUAUAUUUUUAAAAAACCUGACGGUCAUUUUAUUUUAUUUCGCGGGCCCUCACAGUGUAAACAAGGAGACAAAAGCCGUAAAAAAAGCUUCCAUCCCAACAGCACGCGCUCGUCUCCCGAUGCCCACCGCCAAAAACCAAGUCCAUUUGAAACCCGUCCCUCCACAGUUACCAAAAUACCCUCCAUCCCAUCGUCCUUGAUCCAUUUCUGUCCGUCUGAUACAACCUAAAAUCCCAGUUCACCGUAUCUAUCGACGUCCAUUUUCGUCAUUUCGAACAAUAAAAUCCCAGUCCACCACCUUCGCAAAAAGCCCGCCGCCCCUCUCCUCCCUCGCCGGCUCUCUGCCUCUGUCUCUCGCUGCAACGCCUCUUUGCAGUAAUGGCAGCGUUGUAAAUGAGAAGAAGGUGGAAGUGAAGCGAAAUGGUCGGGUUCUCCGCCUGUAUCGUUGUCUUUCUCUUCUUCGCCUCGCCGGUAGCGUCUCUGACCACCGACGGACUCGCUCUACUCGCCCUCAAGUCGGCCAUCUCCUCCGACCCGAGCGGCGCCCUCGAAACCUGGCUCGACUCCGACCGGGACCCUUGCGGCUGGUUCGGCGUCACCUGCCGCGGCGGUCGCAUCACCGCCCUCGCCCUCUCCAACCGCUCCCUCGAGGGAUACCUCCCCUCCGAGCUCUCCCUCCUCUCCGCCCUCCAGAUACUCUCCCUCUCCCGCAACCGCCUCUCCGGGCCCAUCCCCGCCGCCAUCGCCGCCCUCCGGAGCCUCACCGCCGUUGACCUCUCCCACAACAAACUCUCCGGCCCCAUCCCUGCCGGUAUCCGCGCCUUGGACUCCCUCUCCCAUCUCGAUCUCUCCUCCAACCUCCUCAACGGCUCCCUCCCUCCGGCCAUCGCCGCCCUCCCGCGGCUCUCCGGCGUGCUCAAUCUGUCCUCUAAUUCCUUUUCCGGCCGGAUCCCCCCGGAGUACGGCACCGUUCCGGUAGCCGUGAGUCUCGACCUUCGGUGGAACAACCUCUCCGGGGAGAUACCCCAGGUUGGGUCCCUCGUUAAUCAGGGCCCCACCGCCUUCGCCGGAAACCCCGGCCUGUGCGGUUUCCCGCUCAAGAACCUGUGCCCUGGCGGCCCCAACAGGCAAGAUCGCGAGAGCCCCCAGCCGAACCCCAAUUUCAAUUCUAGCUACCCCACCCCCCGCCCGACCGAUGCGCAUAAGCGGCGGCGGUCGGCGGUGACUGUUCCCAUCCUCGCCGGCAUCGUGCUGGCUGCUGUCUUCUCGAUCAUGGUGCUCCAGUGGCAGUUCCGCCGGAUGCGCUCCGCGGGAGAGGGCAAGGCGCUGAAGAAGGGCAAGGGUGGGUCGGGGGCGGAGGAGCGGCGGGAGGGGCAGAGCGGGGAGAUAUACGUGGCGGUGGACGAGGGGUUCGGGCUUGAGCUGGAGGAGCUCCUCCGAGCCUCCGCCUACGUUGUGGGGAAGAGCCGGAGCGGGAUCGUGUACAAGGUGGUGGUGGGCCGGGGUUCCGUGGUGGCGGUGCGCCGCCUCAGCGAGGCCGACGACGGCGAGGGCGAGGGCGAGGGUGACGAGUGGCGGCGGCGGAGGGCGUUCGAGUCGGAGGCGGCGGUCAUCGGCCGGGCCAGGCACCCCAACGUGGCUGGCCUCCGUGCCUACUACUACGCCCCGGACGAGAAGCUCCUCAUCUACGACUACAUCGCCAACGGCACUCUCCAGGCCGCCCUCCACGGUGGACCGCUGAAUCCGACAGCGCCGGCGCUGCCGUGGGCAGCGAGGCUCGCGAUAGUGCAAGGGGUGGCCCGGGGGUUAGCUUACCUCCACGAGUGCAGUCCCCGGAAGUACGUCCAUGGGAACAUCAGGUCCUCCAAGAUCCUCCUCGACGACGAGCUCCGGCCCUAUAUCUCCGGCUUCGGCAUCGCCCGCCUCAUCUCGGGGCACUUGGGGUCAAAGAAGCCCGUGGCCGCGGCUGGGUGGGGAGCGUAUCUGGCGCCCGAGGCGCGGGCUGCGGGGGCAGCGGUGACCCAGAAGGGCGACGUAUACGCGUUUGGGGUGGUGGCGAUGGAGGUGGUGACAGGACGGCCGGCCGCGGGCGGCGGCUGGGGCGGAGAGGGGGAGUUGGAGGGGUGGGUGAGGCUGGCGUUCAGGGAGGAGCGGCCACUGUCGGAUGUAGUGGAUCCGGCGCUGCUCCACGAGGUGUGCGCCAAGAAGCAGGUGCUGGCGGUGUUCCACGUGGCGCUCGGGUGCACCGAGGCCGACCCGGAGCUAAGGCCCAAGAUGAGGGCGGUGGCCGAGAGCCUCGACCGGGUCGGCUCGGCUCGCUGACUGGCCGGUGGGUCCGUCGUAGUUGAUGGUGGUGGUUCAGAAGAGGAUGGGUUUUGAUUGAUUUUGUGCUGUAGGACUGUAAAUGUAGCUAUUUGCAAGGAUUUUGUAGCUCUAAAGGUAGGGUAGUUCCGGCAAUCUAUGAUUAAAGGGCUGCUGGGGAGGUAGGUAGUGGAGCAGGUAAUGAUGCAUACUUCUCUUGUUCUUCUAAUGUUGUUGUUGCUAUGAGAAAAUUUUGUGCUUACAUUUUAACC